CAUGUUACCCACGCUAGCCCCGAUUCUCAGUAUAUAAACAGAUUAACCUUUCUUCUCAGUAUAUAAACAGAUUAACCUUUCUUCAGCAUACUUCAUUCAAAAGCAUAACUUUCUAGCUCAACACUCCAACUUCUCUCGGCCCGGUUUCCAAAUAACUGUUUAUCCAUGGCCACCGAACCAAAAGCAGCCACCGAGGACGUCAAGAUCGAUCUCUUCGAAGACGACGACGAGUUUGAAGAGUUUGAAAUCAAUGAAGAGUGGGAUGAUAAGGAGGAAGGGAAAGAAGUGACUCAACAGUGGGAGGAUGAUUGGGAUGAUGAUGAUGUUAGCGAUGAUUUCUCUCUUCAGUUGAGAAGGGAGUUGGAGAGCAACACUGAUAAGAAUUAAACCACCUGCUAGUUAUUAUUGCUUGAUAUAACAUGCUUUAUGACUUGGGUGUUUGAACUCUAUAGGAAGGAAAUGAAAACUUGCCUUGUUUGGAAGAAAAUGCAAGACAGUAAGAACAGAAUAUGGACAUAAUUUUUCUGUUCUUGAAUUUGUGCGUCGAAGUUAUUGAGUGCUUGUACUUCAGUUGAACUCUGCAUAAUUAUGUGGCCUUUGACUUAAGAUUUUACUUACAACAUCGAAUUAUUCGCUUUUGUUCA